UAGGUUAACUGAGAGCAAGUAGAUCACAGCCUCCACAAAUUCCGAAGUAGUUUAUAAUCAAUUUGUUCCUAGUUUGAAGGAAGUGACACAAGUGGCAGGAAAUAGUAGCUGUCAGGUUAGUCGAUAUGCUAGAAAUAGUUUUGGUUGUGACCGCCUUGGCGGUCAUAAUGUAUUAUUUGGGAGUUAAACCAAUGCAGUAUUGGAAGAAUCGAGGAAUAAAACAAGGAAACCCUUCAUGGUUUUUGGGGGAUAACCUCGGUACGACAUUAAAAACGGAAAGUUAUGCUGAUAUGGUAGUCAAAGUAUAUAAUGCAGUACCAGGAGUACGAUAUUCUGGAGCAUACCAAUUUACUAUACCCACCCUAGUUAUAAAGGACCUAGAAUUAAUUAAACAGAUUGGAGUUAAAGACUUUGAUCACUUUACCGACCACAGAGCAAUCAUAUCUGAAGAAGCUGAUCCACUGUGGGGAAAAAAUCUAUUUGCUUUAACAGGUCAAAAAUGGCGGGAAAUGAGACCAAUUCUAAGCCCAUCUUUUACCAGCAGCAAAAUGAGAGUGAUGUUCAUUUUGAUAUCCGAAACGGCACAAGCUUUCACCAAACACUUUUUAGAACUCGAUCAAGAUGUUAUGGAGAUCGAAAUGAAAGACACGUUUACGCGUUUUACCAACGACGUUAUUGCUACGACAGCUUUUGGUGUUAAAAUUGAUUCUAUGAAGAAUAAAGAAAACGAUUUUUUUGUUAUGGGUAAAGAUAUCACCAACUUCAGUGGAUUUUGGAAAAGUCUUAAGUUUCUGGGAAUGGUAUUUUUUCCAAAAUUGUUUUCACUUUUCAAAGUUGGUUUGUUCACUGCUCGCGUCAGAAAGUUUUUCACUGAUCUUGUUGAUGAUACAAUCAAAGUCAGAGAAAAAAAGGGAAUAGUACGUCCAGAUAUGAUCCAUCUUUUAAUGGAAGCAAGAAAAGGAGUUCAUCAACAUGAAGAAAAAGUUAUAGAUACAGGAUUUGCGGUUGUUGAAGAGUCAGAUUUAGGCAAAGGUGUUAUCAAAGAGAUGACCAACUUGGACAUCGCUGCUCAGGCGAUGAUCUUCUUCUUCGCUGGUUUUGAUUCGGUGUCUUCGUUAAUGUGUUUCAUAUCUUAUGAAUUGGCACUCAAUCCUGACAUUCAGGAAAGACUUAAAACAGAAAUAGAGGACACGCUAAAACAGUAUAAUGACAAUGUGCCAUAUGAAGUGAUAUUAAAGAUGAAAUAUUUAGAUAUGGUGGUAUCAGAGGGGCUUCGAAAAUAUCCAUCAGCUGUAGCGAUAGACAGAAUUUGCACCAAACCCUACAUAAUUGAACCUGUGACGCCGGACGAGAGUCCUGUCUACGUGGAGAAAGACACGAUAAUAUGGUUUCCAACCUACGCUAUCCACCGUGACCCUCAGUACUAUCCAGACCCUGAGAAGUUUGACCCCGAGAGAUUUAACGAUGAAAACAAAGUCAAGAUUCGACCUUACUCUUACAUUCCCUUCGGGGUUGGCCCUAGGAACUGUAUUGGAUCUAGAUUUGCAAUUUUAGAGACUAAGGUCGUGUUCUUUUAUCUAUUGUCCAACUAUAAGCUGGAGCCUUCAACCAAAACAGCAAUUCCAUUAAAAAUUAAUAAGAGCAAGUUCAAUUUGGAUGCCGACGGGGGCUUUUGGUUCAAUAUGAAACGUUUAAGGAAAUAAAUUGAAAUUGACACAUUUAUAAAUAAAGUUAUUUUAAUAUUAUUACAUAUUGUUAUUGGAUAUCUAGUUCGUAUAUAUUAAUUAGAAAUUUGGUAACAUUUACGAAUAAUACUUACUUUUAAUACUUCA